CGCCCCCCACGCCGGCCGGCUUGGUACUGGGAACGAAGAUGUUUGAUAAACCAAACAACAGUGCGUUUCAUCUCAUUGCCCUCUUCUUGUUUGCAAAGCUGGAUCAGUCCCGCGCAGCAGAAGCUUUCAGAGACUGUUCCUUUCCAGCAGGAAACUUAACAGAUCCUGAGUUUAGGAAGCAGUGCUGUAUAUGGCUAAAAGAUAUUGCAAAUGAAAACCAAAGCUGUCUUCCACAAAUUACACCUUCUUCAUUUAUUUCUCCUGCUGGUCCUAAAUUUAUUCACCUAUUGUAUCGGCUUGCAAGACACGUAGUGUUUGAGGACAUGAAAACGAACUGCGUAGGCACUGAUAUACCUUUUGCUGAAGCUGUAAAGUUGAGACCUAAGGAUAUGUACAUGGCAAAUGCAAGAUGGAGAGUUGCAUACAAUAAACUUCUGCAGAUUUUGCAAAAGGAAGAUUUUAUUAUUCAAGAAUAUAAGAAAAAAUCACAGCUUUUAAUUAAAGAAAUAAAACAGAUGAAGUCUGAAUAUGCAGUCCUGCAGAUACAGUCUUGCAAGAUGAAACAAAAUGACCAAAACAAAAAUGACAAAACUGGGAGAAUUCAAAAGGUCCGCGGUAUGUGGACACUUAUAAUGGAAAUGCUUACAUCUCUGAAAAAGGAAAAGGAAGUUGUGGAUUCUGUACUUGAUGUACUUGAAGAUUGUGUUGGUCAGUGCAUUUUAGAUGGAACUAAUGUUGUUUUCAGUGUUCCGUGGCUGUUGGCUCACAGAGUUGAAAGUGACAUACACCAACUUUGUACAGGAAAUGUAUAUGAAGCUGAAAAACUGAAUUUCUUAACAGUUAUUCAGUUAGUAAAUGAAGCCCUGAGGACAUUGAGAGAUGAAUGUUGUCAAUCUGAAUUAAAACAACAACUUCAGGUCAUUGAGAAUAGGAUUACGCUCCGCAAUAAAGUACUACAGGAUUUGGAGGCAAAGAGGCUAAAAAUAGAGCAACAGCAUUGUGUGUCGACGAGUGGGUCUAUUUCUAGAAAACAGGAAGACUGGGAAGUGAAGUGGAAAAGCUUUCUUCACCUGUGUCCUUUUAAUUUAACCUUAGAUCAGGAUCCAGAACUUGAUUUAAGAGCUUCACCACCCCGUUCUCUUAAUCUUGCAGAAGACGAAGAUGAGGAUAGUGUCUUUUGUCGACAUCUAGUAUCAGUUUCAGAUGUUUGUGACUCUGUUUAUGAAGUAUGUUAUGAGAAAGAUGAUGGGGCAUUGGAAACUAUGAUGGAUAAGUCAACGCCACCACCAAGAUGCCGCACACCUCCCAACGCCCCAAGGAUCUCUUCAGUGCCUUUGGAGUUGUCAAAAGCAUCUGAAAAAAAAGACGUGGUAAUUGAAAAGAAUGUGCAUAUUGAAACUUCCAAGGGAAAAAAAAAGCCUGUGCCUCCGGAGAUCUUAAAAAAUGGAAAGGGUGAGUCCACCAUUUCAGAAAUGUGGGAGAAUGCAGGUGAUCAUGUUACCCAGAUGGAGUCUCCUGUCAAAAAAGAAGACCCUCUUAAGAAAGCCAGAGAUGAACUGGCAGAAGAGGUUGCAGAAACAGUGAUAUCUGAGUCGCCUCAGAGUGGUGAAGGAAAAGGAAUGACAUUAGAAGAUCUCAUUAGCUCACUGGCUUUUAACCCAUUUUUAACAAGGAAACAAAUUCCCCGAACUCCAGAAAAUCUGCUUACUGAAAUUAGAAGCUCAUGGAGAAAAGCUAUUCAGACUGAGGGCUCAUCAGAGGUAGAGCUGGCCGCCACUGAAGUGAUGACAGAAGAAGCUCCAGUGGAUGUUAGACCUAUAAUGCAGGAGGUGGCAGACUCUAGAUUCAUGUGCUCUAUCCCUGCAUCUCCUGUACCUGACUUUGAUCCUCCCUUGUCAGAAAGGAAGUCCCAAUUAAGUUGUACAGAAUUUAGACCUCGAGAGCAGAUGAGGAUAAGUCAUAUCAUUGAAUCUCCAAUUUUGGAAACAUCUGGAAUGCAAGAGAGUGAGAGAACUGAAGAACAGGAGUUAAAAUGUAUUGUUUUGAACAAAAGUUCUGUAGAAGAUCCGGAACAGACUUUUCAGUACAUAAAGAAGAGCAUGAAUACUCCAGAUGUUUGUUCAGAAAAAAAUAGUAGAACAGAUAUUCUACUUCCAGACCACUUUCACGGUUCCUUAGUGGAUGGGAUGCUGCAUUGGAAUGUAUCUCCAUUAAGUUCUAUCAGUCGUGAAGCUGCCCACUUGGGGAUACUGGAUGAGACACUUCCAGAAGAACUUGAUAACAUAGAUCCCAACAAAUCUGCAAGCUCAGAGUUUGAUUUUGAUGUAAUAGACAGUGCAUAUGUAACAGGUGGUUCAAAAAAUAAAGGGGAUAUUCAAAAAUCAAAGCUAGAUCCACAGUCCCUGUUUAACACGUCUAAAGCGCUGAAAAAGACUGCAUCUGGAAGUGAAGAGGAGCUGCAUCAAACACAUAAUGGAGGUGAAUCUAUAAGUUGUAGAUCAGACCUAAGUCUUGGACCAGAAAAAAGGGAGAGAGAUGAAUUGUGCGGUCCUCUCGAACUCUUCUGCUUGGAUGAAGAAUUUACCAAGACGCCAUCACCAAUCUCUCUUAAUAAAAGAAAGUAUUCCCUGUCAUCUUUGCUGGUAUCCUGUCAAUAUCUGGAGGAAAUGGCAUCAAUGGUACACGAAAUCCCAUUAGACUUAAUACAUAAAUUGAAGGAUAAAGAGCCGUUGAAUGAGAAGCCGGACACGAAGGAAUCUUCAUCAGUGUAGAAUUUGUAAAGCAGAAGCAUAACCAUAGUAGCACACUUACGGCUCACUUGAGCAUGUAGCAUUUUCUCCAAGCACUGCCUAGAUGGAGAUGUUGCAGUCCUUUCUAUUUUUUGCGGGGACUAUAUUCCAGUCUUGUUGCCUGCUCUUGUUCUUCCAAUUUCGUGUCAUCCAUAGUAGCAUUCUAUGUACAGCCCACCAUUUAUGUACAGAAGUAUAUGUUCCUUUUUAAGGACAUUUUUAAAAAUAGCAGAUGUUGGUCGGAUAGCAUAAUCUUAGAAAAUGGAAAAACAGUCUCAAAUGAGAAAUAGUGAAAUUUGGUGUCUCUAUCUUGCCCCUAAUCCCCCCACCCCCCAAAAACCCAAACAAAUGCAAAACCAAAACCCACCAAAAUGUAGGGGACCAAGUAAAAUUAAUUGGAUUCUUCUCUCGUAUUGAUACUUCUGGUUGAUAUUGCCAUCAGUUCUACCUGUUGAUAGAAGCUGCUCUCUUUUUAUAAAUGUCACCGAAGUGCCUAUUUCUUUAGGCGUAUUACUGAAUAAAUGUUUUACACUAAAGUUGUAAAAACUUA